ACUUAAAAAUAUAAAGCUCAUAAAAACAAUGAAAAUUAAAAGAUAUCCCAAUUUUACGAAUAACGAAACAAAUGCCUACCUGCGAUCCACGGACAACUAUGUGCAGAGGGUAUACAUCGCUCAAUCGUUCCAACCAUCAAUAUUACGACGCUAGAAACGGUAGAAAAAGUGGCAAGUCUUCGAAAAUCUCAUUGUAUGCGCGAAUCGAAACAAGUUCUCAGACUUAGUACAGAAAAGUCGGAACCUGAAAAUCUAAACAGCAUUUCAAAGGGUGGGCUUCUAGAAUUAGAACUUCAAAAAGGCGAUCUUGACUAGAUCUUUUAAUGGAUCCACAAUGUAUCGCCGUACGAGUUUGAUUAAUCGUAUCUCUGGUAUCAAUUUUUAAAGGUAACCGAAUGAACGUUGAAAAGAAGAGAGUGUGGAUUUCUUUUUUUACCAGUUUUUCUAGUUGAUCCAAGCACAUUGUCGCGUGUCGCCAAACCUUUCGGUUCCGUUUUUGUUCAAAACGCCAAUAACUGAGUGAAAAAAAAUUGUACGGUCGUUUCAAAGGAACCGUUUUGAAGGUCAGAAAUUGAUUUUCAAUCGAAAUAUCUUACAUUUAUAUGGAAAGGAAUCUCACGUUCUGUACGGAACUGUAAACUUAACGAAUUGUUGGGUCAAUCUCACUUGACUGAAUUCAAAUAGUCAUAAGUUCGGCUGUAGGUGACCAAGACUAAUUUUUCAAAAGGCUUAUCAAAGAGAAAACUUCGAGCUUAGGAACACUGCUUUACUAAGAUCCGAGCGUCCAAAGUUGAGCGUUUUUUCGGUCGAGAAAUAAAAGUUUUGCGAAACGUAUUUCAACCAAAUGCAGGGGGCGUCAAUAUCUCAUCAGGUACAUAACUAAUAAAAAUUCCGGAUUGCAAAUAACUUUCCAGAAAGGUAGAUUGUAUGUUAUAUUUGAAAUGAAUGCAUUAUUUCGAAUCUUGGAAAAUAUGACUGCAGCAGUAAGCAUUCGGUUCGUGGUAUUUUGACCCACGAGCAGCUCUCGGCACCUGCGCGCGAAGAAUAGGUUUUCGGGGCAGGUAGGAAAACGAGGUAUUUAUAUUCGAUCAUCAGCCCCCAAGGACAACAGUUGCCCGAUAGCUCUUGAUCGAGUUACGUGAAUAUUGUGACGCCAAGCCCAAGUUCGGUAUAAACCAACCGAAAAUUCCGUAAGUCUGAACUUGUUGACAAAGCCCUAUAACUCUAGCUGUCUCCGCAUUCUUCGGUCAACGCUUUGUAGUAGUUCUGUAUCAUUGAAAUGGAAGACCAAUUGAAGAAUUGUGCCGUCAGACUUUUCGAUGUAAACGCGGUGAAGUUCGGUAAUUUUGUCACCAAAGCCGGCCUACAGACGCCUGUUUAUUUUGACUUGAGAGUCAUAGUUUCGCAUCCCAGUUUAAUGGUAAGUUCAUUUCACAUGAGAGCUCGUAUCUUUCUCGGCUAUGGAAUUCAUCACUGGCAAAAAUUUCAGAAAGCUCUAUCGAGUUUACUAUGGAACUUGUCAGAAAAUAGUGGAGGUGCGACUCAAUUAUGCGGAGUCCCUUAUACAGCUCUGCCAUUAGCAACUCUGAUAUCGGUAGAGGCGGAUAUGCCCAUGCUCAUAAGACGCAAGGAAGUUAAAAGUUACGGGACCAAGAAAUUGAUCGAGGGUGAAUUCAAGGAGGGGGAAAUUUGCGUAAUCGUCGAGGACGUCGUGACCACCGGUAGCAGUAUCUUAGAAACCGCCAAAGAUCUGCUCAACGAAGGAUUGAAAGUCCAAGAAGCCAUCGUCAUUCUCGAUCGGGAGCAAGGUGGCAAGAACAAUCUAAAAAUCAACGGUAUACGAAUGAGAAGUCUGUAUACUCUGUCUAGUUUUAUGGGUUACCUUCUAGAAGCUAGAAAAGUUACGUUGCCCGUAGUAGAAAGCGUUUCAAGUUACUUGAAACGAACUCAUGUUCCCAGUCUUUCAGGGAACGACGAAAAAUCUCUGAAUCGGUUGCAGUUGAGGUUUGAGGAACGGGCCAAGCUAACCAAAAAUCGCGCAGCUGCAAAAUUGCUCGAUCUCAUGUCCACGAAAGAGACCACUCUCUGUUUAGCGGUGGAUCUAAUCGACACGGAUGCGAUUUUGGAACUCGCCAACAUGGCUGGACCUCACAUAGCCGUGUUGAAAACACACGUCGACGCGAUUGAAAAUUUUACGAGCGAAUUUCCAAAAGCGCUUCGCGAGCUAGCCGAAAAGCACAAUUUUCUGAUUAUGGAAGACAGAAAAUUCGCCGACAUUGGAAAUACCGUGUCUUUGCAAUACAGAAAUGGAAUCUACAAAAUAGCAAACUGGGCAGAUUUCGUUACUGCCCACACACUUCCAGGCUAUGGUAUUAUUGCUGGUUUGAAAGACGGACUCGAAGGUAUUUCCGCGGAUCGUGGAAUAUUUCUGGUCACAGAAAUGUCCUGUCAAGGUGCGCUCACAUUGGGAGACUACGUCAAAAGUUCGGUCGUUUUGUCAAAGUCGUCAAACUUAGUCGCAGGUCUGGUCUGCCAAGCAAAUGUUUUCGCCGACCCAGGUCUCGUACAAUUGACACCUGGAGUCCGAUUAACCGAGACCACCGACACCUUGGGACAGCGGUACAACACUCCACACUCAGUCGUCCACGCCGGUGCAGAUCUCGUUGUUGUAGGCAGAGGGGUGACCGAGGCCAGAGAUAAAAGAUCGGCGAUCGUCGAAUACAAAUCAAAAUUAUGGCAAGCCUAUGUGGAACGAACGAGCAGUUGAAAGUGCUCGAUAAUUCCCUAGUCAAAUAUUCAAAUACGGCCCAUGGAAGAAUUGUAAAUUAUUGUGUUGUAAUUUGGCCGAACUACCGAAGAGAUAUAUUUUUGUACUACGUUUUGACGUUUGUAAAUGUGUAAAUGAAAGUCGAAUAUUUUCAUUAAUUUUUGUAUGACGAAAUAUGGACUGCAAAAUUGAGCAGUUUUUGAACAGUUCAAAUUUUUUCAAUUGGCGCAUGUGCAAAGGACAACAGAAGCGAGGCGGCAAAAACGUCGCCGUUGGAGUUACUCCUCUGGAAAAUAACAGAUCAGUCUGAAACUGCUUGGGAAAACUCAUUGAAGCGUGGUGAAGGGGGCUCCGGUCAGCUACAAACGGACAAAAUAAGUUUAAAUCAGUAAUUGAUUUAUUUCUACGAGGUUGCGAAUCAUCUGUCGCUGGUACCAACUCGCAGCACACGGACGCCAACCACAAUAACACAAAAAACGCGAGCCGAGCAUGCAGUACCAAGGCGCGGCCAUGUUGACGCUCAACCCGUCCGUUUACCGUGGAUGUCAGACCCACGCAGCAGCUAGCCCUGUACGUGUGCGAAUUCCGCCUAACGUCUCAAUCUUUAAUCAACGGUUCGGUGGCGGCACUGGCACAGCCUUAAAUGAUCUCUCUGGAUAGGUUUCAGAGACAUCUGUGUUUCACCGAGGAGUGAUUUGUAAUAUGUAGGUGUGUAUUCGAGGUAUGAUUGGGUAACCCCCAUCGAAUAACGUUGCGGAUCUCGACUCAAUGAUGCGGUAAUGGAACUUUUGAACCCAUACAUGAACAGCGCUAGGUGUUACCGUCACAAUUGAUAACACCCGAACCACAUUGCAGGUGAACCAUCAGCAUUUCUACCGGUGGUUCAAAAAAACGGACCAAGUUCACAUGCACCCGUAUCCAUCAGAUUAUGGAAUGUGCGAUGAUCUUACCGAUCGACUGCACAACGGAUUUGACAUGAUACCGAUGACAAUAGGGGUAAUAAUAAUGGCGACAGUUCGGUAUGUCUGAAUAUCGCGUUGAUGAGGUUGAUGUUGGUGUUCGCGAGAAAUGAUGUCUAUGACUUAUCCGGAACCUCAUAGCAUGUGGAAGCAGAUAUCUAACUUAGUUCGUUUGUUUUCAG